AAUUAUUUUUCUCUUUUACAGUUUUGGGAAGUGAUCUCCGAUGAACAUGGCAUCGACCCCACCGGCUCUUACCAUGGUGAUAAUGAUUUGCAGCUGGAGAGAAUCAAUGUCUAUUUUACUGAAGCAUCAGGUGGAAAGUAUGUCCCUCGGGCAAUCAUGGUAGAUCUGGAGCCAGGUACAAUGGAUUCAGUACGCUCUGGUCCUUUUGGCCAAAUAUUCCGACCCGAUAAUUUUGUAUUCGGACAAAGUGGAGCAGGCAACAACUGGGCCAAAGGACACUAUACGGAAGGUGCUGAGCUUGUAGAUUCUGUUUUGGAUGUUUUGCGUAAAGAAUGUGAAAGCUGUGAUUGUCUGCAGGGAUUCCAGAUGACACAUUCGUUAGGUGGUGGCACUGGCUCAGGAAUGGGUACUUUGCUUAUCAGUAAAAUUCGAGAAGAGUAUCCUGAUCGAAUCAUGAAUACUUUUUCAGUGGUUCCUUCUCCAAAGGUCUCAGACACUGUUGUGGAGCCAUACAAUGCUACAUUGUCUGUCCACCAGCUUGUUGAAAACACAGAUGAGACCUACUGCAUUGAUAACGAAGCUCUUUAUGAUAUUUGCUUCCGUACCUUGAAGCUUACAACACCUACUUAUGGAGACCUCAACCACUUGGUCUCAGCUACAAUGUCAGGUGUAACUACUUGCUUGCGUUUCCCAGGUCAGCUGAAUGCUGACUUGCGCAAACUAGCUGUUAACAUGGUUCCAUUCCCACGUCUCCACUUCUUCAUGCCUGGGUUUGCCCCGCUGACUUCCAGAGGCUGCCAGCAAUACAGAGCGCUGACUGUACCCGAGCUGACUCAGCAAAUGUUUGAUGCAAAGAAUAUGAUGGCUGCCUGUGAUCCCCGCCAUGGUCGAUACCUAACUGUUGCUGCAAUGUUCCGUGGACGAAUGUCAAUGAAAGAAGUGGAUGAGCAGAUGUUGAACGUCCAAAAUAAGAACAGCAGCUAUUUUGUUGAAUGGAUCCCUAACAAUGUGAAAACGGCCGUCUGUGACAUUCCUCCUCGUGGCCUCAAAAUGUCAGCAACUUUUGUUGGCAACAGCACAGCAAUUCAAGAACUCUUCAAACGUAUUUCAGAGCAGUUCACCGCCAUGUUCCGCAGAAAAGCCUUUUUGCAUUGGUACACUGGUGAAGGGAUGGAUGAGAUGGAGUUCACUGAAGCUGAAUCUAACAUGAAUGACUUGGUGUCAGAAUAUCAACAAUACCAAGACGCUACUACCGAAGAAGAUGGAGAGUUUGAAGAAGAAGCUGAGGAGGAAGAGAACUAAAUGUCAUUCUAUAAUCCUAAACUAUGUUUGAUGUGAAAUGUUUCUUGUUUCUAUAUGAAAAUGCUUCCAAUACUAAUCCUGAAAUUUCUUGGUGUUGCAAAGAUGUAUGUGAUGUAAUAUCAAUAAAUCUCAAAUAUGUCAGACUUUGGUCAUAUUUUACUUGUCAUUUGGUCUGUAUUCUUUUCAAAUAAAUAUUAUCUAAAUGUAUCAUUGUUAUAUUUAAUGAUGAAAUAUGAAUGAAAUGUAAGCAAAGGAAGAUUUGCUGGAAGCCAUGACAAUUCUAAAUAUAUAGAAAAAUAAAUUUAUUCAAUAUUUCUGUUUUAAUAAAAUCUAAUCUGGAAAUGAUUAGAGUUUAUUAAAGCUUGUAUUGAUUUUGUUUGA